UUUUUAUUAUCCAUGAAUACAGCAGAAAUGAAAAGAGACAAGAUUGUGUGAAUGUGCCGCAGUGUAAAUGUGAGUCUGGGUUUGUGUGUAUUUGGCCUGAAAUGCUGUGUUGUGUAUUUGUGUAUGUGUGUGAGAGAGUGUCAGCCUCCUUCAAAGGACGACUUUAAGACUUUGUCCCCAGGUCGGGGUCCUGUCAUGUCAGCCAGAACACAGCAGGAGCUGCCCAUCUGCAGAGUCAGGUCUCUGCCUCAGCUUGUAACUCAGUGUGUUACAGUGUGAGCACUUCAUCGUAUGUGUGACUAGAGUCAGUGAGUUUCUACAGGCUGCCCCAGAGGGACAGCAGAACAUGGCUGACAACAACACUCAGAAAAAAAAGCCCCGCUGGACGUCACUGGAGAUCGGUCUUCUGACAAUUGUUUCUCUGCUGUUUGUCAUUAUUGUGGCCCUCAUCAUCCUCUUCAUCACACAGAGUGGCAAAGAUGAAGUCUGCAUAACAGCUGACUGCACACAGUCAGCUUCCCGCCUCAUUGAGAACAUGGACCCCACAGUGAACCCCUGUGACAACUUCUACCAGUAUGCCUGUGGUGGCUGGCUAAAGAAGAACAUCAUACCUGAGACCAGUUCACGUUACAGUACCUUUGACAUUCUCAGAGAUGAACUGGAGGUCAUACUUAAAGGAGUGCUGGAGAGAGAAGAGAGUGGAAGCAGUAGCUCACUGACCAAAGCCAAAGUCCUCUACAGGUCCUGCACUAAUGAGAGCCUCAUUGAACAGAGAGGUGGGUUGCCUCUGCUUACAGUGCUGCCAGAUGUCUUUGAGUGGCCUAUAGCAACAGAUGAUUGGGACACCAACUACGGAAUGAAUUGGAGAGUGGAAGAUGCCAUAGCCAAACUGAAUGAGAAAUAUGGAAAGCAAGUCCUAAUUAGCUUUUUUAUUGGUACAGAUGACAGAGACUCCAAUGCGCACAUCAUUCAUUUUGACCAGCCAAGUCUUGGCCUCUCCUCAAGAGACUACUAUGUGUGCACCGGACCAUAUGAGGAGGCCUGUGCGACAUAUGAGAACUUCAUGAUUGACUUGGCGAAGCUUAUCCGAACAGACCGAAGUCUGGAGGUCAAUGACACUAAUAUCAGGCUAGAGAUUGCCCGGGUGAUGAGGAUGGAAAAGGAAAUUGCUAAUGCAACAGACACACCAGAGGACAGAAACAACCCGGUUCUACUUUACAACAAGAUGCCUCUGGAGAUCCUGAACAACAACUUCACUCUGGAGUUUGAUUCCAGGGUGUUCAACUGGACGCUCUUCACUAAUAAGAUCAUGGACACAGUUGGCAUUCCCAUUACAGACAGUGAGGAGGUUAUUGUGUAUGCCCCAAACUAUUUUAAGAGGCUCAACACUGUCCUUGCCAAGUACACAAAGAGGGACGUUCAGAACUACAUGGUGUGGCGUUUCAUUAUGAAUCUGGUGGUUGGUUUGAGCAGGACAUACAGGGAGACCAGGAAAGCAUUCAGAAAGGCUAUCUAUGGGACUACCUCUGAACCAGCAGUUUGGAGACAGUGUGCCAUCUAUGUGAACAACAAUAUGGAGAAUGCUGUGGGGAGACUGUAUGUGGAGGAAGCCUUUGCAGGAGAUAGCAAAGACAUGAUGGAUGAAAUGAUCACUAACAUCAGAGAGGUAUUUGUGAGUAAUCUGGAUGAUCUAGCCUGGAUGGAUGCUGAAACUAAGAAAGCUGCAGAGGAGAAGGCACGAGCAAUCAGAGAAAGAAUUGGUUUCUCAGAAAAUAUCAUGAACAACACAUGCUUGGACCAGGAAUACCGAGAUUUAAGCUACAGUGCAGAAGAAUACUUUGAGAACAUUCUAAAGAACUUGGAGUUUGGUCAGAAGAAACGCCUAAAGAAACUGAGAAUCAAAGUGAACAAAGAAGAGUGGAUCACAGGAGCUGCUGUUGUCAAUGCAUUCUACUCAUCUAGCAGAAACCAAAUAGUAUUUCCUGCAGGUAUUCUUCAGCCACCAUUCUUUGGCAAAGGUCAGCCCUGGUCUCUGAACUAUGGCGGCAUUGGGAUGGUCAUUGGGCAUGAGAUCACUCACGGCUUUGAUGACAAUGGACGUAAUUUUGAUAAAGAUGGCGACCUCAAAGACUGGUGGACUCCAUCUUCAACUCAGAAAUUCCAUGAGCUUUCCAAAUGCAUUGUGGACCAGUAUGGAAGCUACUCUUGGGAUUUGGCGAAUGGACAAAAUUUAAAUGGGAAUAAUACCCUUGGGGAGAACAUUGCUGACAACGGGGGCAUUCGCCAGUCUUAUCAAGCAUACCAGAACUAUGUGAAAAAACAUGGAAAAGAAGCUCUUCUGCCUGGAAUUGACCUCGAUCACGAGCAACUCUUUUUCCUUAACUUUGCACAGGUUUGGUGUGGAACACACAGACCAGAGCAUGCUGUCAACUCCAUCAAAACUGAUGUCCACAGUCCAGGGAAGUUUAGAGUUCUUGGGUCACUACAGAACUUCCCAGAAUUCGCCAAAGCCUUCCAGUGCCAGAAAAACACCAACAUGGUGCCUGAGAAGAUUUGCAGAGUGUGGUGAUUACUUGAGGAACAGAAGAUGAGGGUUCUAUUGAGGGCCCGUGGUCCGUAUACCCUCUCACCUCUCUGCUGACUCUUAGACCACUAUGGCAGACACUGAUAAAUCGUCUCGUCGGUGUAAGCUAUGGCCACUGUGCUCAAUUCCACCAGUGCACUUGAGCCAUAUAUAGAGAGGGGGAGCUGUCUCAGAACACUCCUUCAAGCAUCAGCCAAUUUGAUUACAGUUUGUGAGAUCAUUACUCAGUUCAUGGCUCUUACUGUUUUAUACACUUUGUAAAGUAAGUCUGAAGUAUAAAGUAAAAAAAGCAAAACAAACACAAAUCUAAAGUAAAGGUUAUGUAGAGAUACUGUCAAAACUUAUCACAUAAUGUUAAUCAAGUAAAACUGUGAAUUGGAGAUGUUAGUAGCAUUAUGUAUAUACAGUACAUAUUUAACGCAAUACUAGUAUACAUCCACUGCUUAUACUGGUCAGCUUGAUUAGAUUCAGUAAGUAACUAUGAAGCUACCCAAACAUGCCCAAGACUAUUAUGUAUAGUACCAUAGGAGUUAAUAGAUAUUUAAGUAAAUUCCAAGAAAAUUGUUAAACUCUGUAAUCAUUUAUCUCAUUAGCAAAUUAUCUGAUUUGUACACAGCACAUUGUAAUUUAAAAUAUGUAGAUUAAUUUGUAAUUUGUGUCAUUGAAUUUUUCCUUAGAAGAUUUGCUUAUUAUCAUAAAAGAUUAACUGGGACAAUAUACAUUUCUGUAAAUCAGACACUGAAUGUUUGAUUUGAAAAUCCCAAACAUGACAAGACGGAUAGACGUUUUUUAAAACUUUUUUAUUUUAUUUCUUCUUUCAUUGUGCUAUCCUUGAUAUUUGUAUGAAUGGGUGUGCAUGUGACAAAUAAUGUCAUUCUGUCAAGCGUCACUGAAUUAAAGCCUUAAAAUGUU